AUGCCAGCCAAUGAACAGGUCGAGGCUGCCUUUGCACUCAUCAAGCAAGACCCAUCUAAUAUCCUGGGCCUGAAAGUCGGCAAGCACAACAUCACGGAGCCAGGCCAAUAUGUCCCGCGCGCAGAUGCCAAGGAAGCGCCCGAGAUCACCUACCCCGCGGCCUCGCCCUCCAAGAGCUACACGGUCAUCUGUCUAGACCUCGACCCGCCAAGCCGCUCCUUCAGCUUCCUCGGCCCUGCCCUCCACUGGAUCCAGCCGGGCCUGCGGGUGGGCUCCUCCUCUGCAGAGCCACUUGCGUCCUCCGAACCCUUCAUCGCUAACUAUCUUCCGCCUGGCCCUCCGCCGGGCGUGGCGCCACACCGCUACGUGUUCUAUUUGUAUGAGGAGCCCGAGGGCUCUGCGCUAGACGGAGGAAAGUUUGCUCCCAAGGAUGGGAAGCCGAUGGGGAUUAUGUCGCGGGUGCGGACGAGUUUGGAUGAUUGGGUGGUGAAGAUGGGGUUGGGGCCGCUGGUGGCUGCUAAUUAUUUCAAUAGCAAUUAGGUGCGGCACGGGUUUUAAUUGUUGGGUUUGGCUUCUUACUGGGUGAGGUUGGACGUGAUGUUGAUGGGUCAACCGAGACGGAGAUACAUGGUCUCUUCUUUGGGUUUCUAUUUCGUUCUCGUUGAAUAUACCCUUGAGUUACUUCGGAUU